AUGUCCGUCAAAUUCGAAGAUGAGGCCUCGCGAUCGCUCCGCAAGGACACCAAGGAGUUGGCGCAUAAAGUCGGCGAGCGCUUGACCGGAGGGAAGUCGGAGGCCGGCUAUCUGGCUCUCUAUCUCCGGCAAUUGCAGUCGAACCCGCUGCGCACCAAGAUGUUGACAUCGGGUGUUCUCUCGGGUCUGCAAGAAAUCCUGGCCUCGUGGAUCGCGCAUGAUGUCAGCAAGCAUGGACACUACUUCAGCGCCCGCGUGCCGAAGAUGCUUCUCUACGGAAUGUUCAUCAGUGCCCCGCUGGGUCACUUCCUCGUUGGCAUUCUUCAGAAGAUCUUUGCCGGCCGGACGAGCCUGAAGGCCAAGGUGCUGCAGAUUCUCGUCAGCAACCUGGUGGUCUCCCCCAUUCAAAAUGCCGUCUACCUUACCUCGAUGGCCGUCAUUGCCGGCGCGCGCACGCUGCACCAGGUCCGCGCUACCGUCCGCGCGGGUUUCAUGCCCGUCAUGAAGGUCAGCUGGGUGACAUCGCCCAUUGCGCUGGCUUUCGCGCAAAAGUUCCUGCCCGAGCACACCUGGGUGCCGUUCUUCAACAUCAUCGGGUUCAUCAUCGGAACCUACGUCAACACCCACACGAAGAAGAAGCGCUUGGAGGCUCUGCGACGGCGCUACGACCAACGCCGCGCGCCCGGCGGACCCGGCAGCGAAUACGACAAGGAAUACCGGUAA